AAAUAAAUAAAUAAACGCUGUGUAGAUGAGCACAUAAAAGAAAAUUGUAAUUUCCACACGGCCAUCGAUCCCUAUCACCCACAAAAUUCUUAAAAAGCUUUACUUUGGCCAAAUCCUAACCCUCAAACCUUAUAAAUUUUCUGUUUUUUUUUCUUUUUCUUUCUUUCUUUCUUUCUUUCUCAUCUAGCUCUAGCCAUGAGCAGUAGUAGUAGUAUUCAUCCUAGUUGACCAAGGAGACAAUAGUAAUAAAACAAAUACUGAUCAAACCCUAGAAUAUUAUUAUGGGGAGAGGGAAGAUUGUGAUUCGGAGGAUUGAUAACUCAACAAGCCGCCAAGUAACUUUCUCCAAACGAAGAAAGGGUUUGAUUAAGAAGGCGAAAGAGCUCGCAAUUCUCUGCGAUGCAGAAGUUGGCCUUGUCAUAUUCUCCAGCACAGGAAAGCUCUAUGAGUUUGCCAACACCAGCUGCAUGAAAUCGAUAAUUGAACGAUAUAACAAGGCAAAGGAGGAACAUCAGCAACUUCUCAACCCAACAUCAGAGAUAAAGUUUUGGCAAAGGGAGGUGGCAAUCUUAAGGCAGCAACUGCAGAACCUCCAAGAAACAUAUAGACAACUAAUGGGGAAAGAACUUUGUGGUUUGAGCGUGAAGGAGCUACAAAAUCUGGAAAACCAGUUGGAAUUGAGUCUCAAAGGCAUUCGUAUGAAAAAGGAGCAAAUGCUCACCGAUGAAAUACAAGAGCUAAGCCGAAAGGGUAACCUUAUUCAUCAGGAAAAUGUUGAUUUAUAUAAGAAGAUAAAUCACUUUAGCCAACAAAACACGGAAUUGCAAAAUAAGAUAAUUUCGCAGGUUUAUGGUGCAAGGGACAUGACUACUACGACUGCGACAACAAGCGAAAACAACUUCACUAUUGUUUCUUACAAUCUGGACAUGAAUGGAGAGCAGUCAAAUAAUAUCCCAGUCCACCUUCAAUUAAGCCAGCCCAGUCAACAUACUUAAUAUUAAGUCAUUUCAAAACUCAAACUUAAAAGGUAUAUAUAUACCAUCUUAUAAUCAAUUUUUUCCUGAAAAGAUCGAAAUAUUACCAAAGAUAUAUAUAUAGUUGAUCUUGAUCAAAUUAACGCGCUUGCCGCUUGCUACACUCUCUGUCUCCGUACGUUAUUUCACAAAUGAAGAAUCGAAAAUGUAUAACUUUGUCCACCACAUAAAGAUUAACUAUAUAUUAGUGAAUUAUUAAUGGAUGAAGCUACCUAUAUAUUUGUAAAGAUCUAAUAUAUUUGAAGUAAGAAAAAUAAGAGAAUAUAUAAUGUACUCAAUAAUUUUAGAUAUCUCGACCAUGUACUUUUAUGUUUUAUGGAUUAUCUAGCUAGCUAGCUAGCUAUACCAACGAUCCGAGUUGUAAUUGGUAGCAAUAAUAUUGUUUAACACUUUCU